CUCACCUCGCGUACCUAUCAUAUAUCUUUACCUUGGCCAGCGCUCCUUCUUGUCGGUCGAGAGAUCGGUGCUCGCGCUUGACAUUCCUGAUACGCCGUUCUGAAGUGCUCACUAAGCAGCCAAGUACUACUUAUAGAUCGUGUCAAUCACUUCAUCACCUUCCACUUCUCACGUCCGCGCGUCUGCUCUGGAGUUGCGUUUCCUCUUCCUUACUCUCACUUCCUACCAUCGUCUUAACAUGUCAUUGACUCUCCCAAUCGAAGAGAUGGUUCGCCUGCGCAUGUCGGUCCGGCUCGGGACGGACGGACGUUUAACACUCAACAUGCAACCUAUCCUACCAUCAGUUGCUUCAUCCUCGUCUUCUUCGGGACGACUCCAAAGCAACCUGAAACUACACUUCAACGGAACCGCCGAUGCUACAGGCACUCUUUGCCUUGAUAUAUGGGCCGAAGAUGACGUGCCUUUCAGCUCGACUUCGUCUGUACUAACCCCUUCAACUACGGACCCAGAACCUGCACAACAACUUCCAAUGCCACAGUCAGAUGUUGCUCCCGGAACGAUGCCUUUCGAUCCAUCGACUUUCUCAUUUGGCUCUGGAUAUGGGCAAGCUACCGAUCUCUCGAACUUCUCUCAAUCAAACCUGGGCGCUCUGUCGGGGAACCAGUGGUUCGACCAAAACAUUGCGGACAUCGACAUGACGGAUACUCUGUUCUGCGAACUUGCGUCAUCACAGUCGAAUAUGCUAUGGCCAUCACAGUUCGACAUGACUCAGCGGAUGCCCCCAUAUGAUGCAGAUAUUACAGGAAAGGACAUGUCAUCAAUCAUUUCGCCACAUGUCGAUGAUGGCCAAGCGAUCAUGGAUGCACUUUUCCCAACGCCACCCCUUACUGAGACCUCCUCGCCAAUUCCAUCUACAUCAACGUCGUGUCAAUCCACCCCAGACACCAUGGCGACUCUUCCUACAAUUCCCGAACCCUCUCCUGAUCAGGAAAACAUCAAUCACUCUCACUCUGACGUCGACGACAGCCCACUACCAGCAUCACCCGCGUCAACUCUCACCGAAGAACAGACACAGGGUUCAGGCGUCCCGGGCUCCACUUCUCGUCCAUUCCCUUGUCUCGAACCAGGAUGUACGCUACGGUUUACGCGAAAGUAUACCCGCAAGGUUCACAUGGAGACUCAUACUCGCGCUAAGCAGCAGCGGAAAUCAUUUGUUUGUGGCGUUGCGGGAUGUGGCGAGUGCUUCUCGCGCAAGCACGAUAGGUUGAGGCAUGAGGUUGGGAAGCAUGGACAGGAGUGCGAGUGGACGUGCAGGCAGUGUGGUCGGUUUUUCUCGUCGCAGACGACCCUAGAGAGGCAUAUGAUGGAUGCAGGGCAUCGAAACGAGCGCGUUCAGUGAGGUUGUCUCCAUUCUUUUUCUCCCCCUUUUUUGGUUGUAUUUGGAUAAUAUGUCCAUGUUUGCAUUAGAAAGUCUGCACCCUGCCCAUGUAAUUACCAACAUCCCUGAGUAUCGACGUUGGGGGAUGCUCAUUAUCGCACGCUUCACUAAUAUGCUUCAUUCCAAUACUCGGGUCUUGAUGGCCACGUUAUGUGCAUUAUGAAUGUUGCUCUUCCUUUCCAUCACGCUUCUCCUCGGACUUUGUCUUGACACACUUACAAUUGAGAACCACAUCACAUACUACUAGUACAUCCUAGGCAAUUCUAUAUGAUCAACGAUUGUUCCAC